AUGGAGAAGUCUCUCCCAACCGUCCACGAGCGUCAUGCUCCCAUGCCAGCAAGGCAACGCAAAGCCUGGCAAUACGCCUUACUCGCCGUGUCCCUCGUCCUUGUCACCGUAAAUGGCACAAACCUCUACUACCGGAUCCCACGCUUCAUCUGCCAUCUCCGCGGCUCCGACGAUGCUUCCACCUCGAAGACGAAACAAUGCCACCAAGUCCCAGCUCUCUGGCCCUCGAAAGAAAACGACAAAGUCCAGGAAGCAUUCGACUACCUCUUCACGCCCACGUUCGAGAACGCCUCCAUCAUCCGCCUCUCUGGCGCCGUUCAGGUCAAGACCGAGUCCUUCGACGACCUAGGCCAGGUCGGCGAGGAUAAGAGGUGGGAUGUGUUCUACCCGUGUCACGAGUAUCUCGAAGCUACAUUCCCGAAGAUCUACAAACAUUUGAAGGUGGAGAAGGUCAAUACGCAUGGACUGGUGUAUACAUGGGAGGGUAGCGAUGAGUCUAAGAAACCAGUGGUGAUUAUGGCGCAUCAGGAUGUCGUGCCUGUGGAUCCUGACACUGUGGACUCGUGGACGCAUCCGCCGUUCAGUGGAUUCUACGAUGGUGAGAGGGUCUGGGGAAGGGGUGCGAGUGAUUGCAAGAAUCAGCUCAUUGGGGCUAUGGAGACGGUUGAGACUCUUAUUGGGGCUGGGUGGGAGCCGAAGAGGACGAUUGUGUUGAGUUUUGGGUUUGAUGAGGAGUGUUCCGGACAAGAGGGUGCUGGGCAUUUGGCUCCUUACUUGCUUGAGAGGUAUGGCAAGGAUGGUGUUGCGGCUAUUGUUGAUGAGGGCAUGGGAUAUGCGCAAGCAUUCGGUCGUGGCUUUGCGCUGCCUGGUGUGGGUGAGAAGGGCCAUAGCGAUGUCGACAUUGUGGUGAGGACGCCAGGUGGACACUCCUCUGUACCACCGGACCACACCAGCAUCGGUAUCUUGUCCGAAAUCAUCACCGCGAUCGAAGCACAGCAGUACCCAACCUACCUCACCAAGAACAACCCCUUCCUCGAAUUCCUGCAAUGCAGCGCACAAUUCUCCCCCGACUUCCCCAAGAAGCUUAAGAAACUCCUCGGGUCCCGCAGCAAGACCAUCGCCAGCGGCAAGAAGGACAAGACCUGCAAACACAAAGACCAGCUCGCCAUCGAAGCAGCCAAGAUCUCCAAGGAAUCGAAGUACCUUAUGCAAACAUCCCAAGCUACAGCACAGGUCACCGUGAACCACCGCAUCAACAUUGGUGAUGAGCCUGAAGAUGUAUGGAAGCAUCUCCAACACAUCACUGGCAAAAUCGCGAAGCAGUACAACUUGACACUUCAUGCUUUCGAUGGGCAGAAUGAAGCCUACAACGCCAUAUCCCUCUCACACCGAGACACAACUCUUCGCGUCGCACCUGUAUCUCCCACAGACGCAGACGUGGUCUCGCCAUACGCGGUCAUCGCGGGCACGAUCAGGGCGCUCUAUGGUGAAGACACAGUUGUGGCGCCGGCGUUGAUGACGGGCAAUACGGACACACGCUACUACUGGGACCUCACCAAGAACAUCUUCAGGUUUGGACCGGGUUAUGUCAAUGAGCCGGAGGGGAGAGGUAGUGGGCUGCCGGGGAAUAUACAUACGGUGGAUGAGUACGUGCCGGUCAGCAAUCAUCUCAAGGUUGUGAGGUGGUAUACGUUGUUUUUGAGGAAUCUGGAUGAGGCGGAUAUUGAGGAGUGA